GAGGCUGGGGGCAGGGCCAGGCAUUGGACAAACAGACCAAAGGUGAGACACCAUGCGGCUCCAGACAGGGCCUGGCCAGCUGGACGGGUGCACAAUGAGGCUGCUGGUCUUCCUGGGCUUGCUGUGGGGCUGGGCAGGCACACUCCCCGGCCCACAGUGGCCUGAGCCCAUGUUUGGGCGCCUGGCAUCGCCUGGCUUCCCCGGGGAGUACGCCAACAACCAGGAGCAGCGCUGGACCCUGACGGCACCCCCCGGCUACCGUCUGCGCCUCUACUUCACCCACUUCCACCUGGAGCUCUCCUACCUCUGCGAGUACGACUAUGUCAAGCUGAGCUCGGGGAGCAAGGUGCUGACCACGCUGUGCGGGCAGGAGAGCACAGACACGGAGCGCGCCCCCGGCAAUGACACCUUCUACUCGCCGGCCUCCAGCCUGGACGUCACCUUCCGCUCCGACUACUCCAACGAGAAGCCGUUCACGGGCUUUGAGGCCUUCUAUGCAGCAGAGGACAUCGAUGAGUGCCAGGUGCCGCCGGGACAGGCAUCUCCCUGCGACCACCACUGCCACAACCACCUGGGUGGCUUCUAUUGCUCCUGCCGCAGGGGCUACGUCCUCCACAGGAACAAGCGCACCUGCUCAGCCCUGUGUUCAGGUCAGGUCUUCACCAACCGGUCGGGGGUGCUCAGCAGCCCUGAAUACCCGCAGCCGUACCCCAAACUCUCAAGUUGCACCUAUGGCAUCCAGCUGGAGGAGAGGUUCAGCAUUAUCCUGGACUUUGUGGGGUCCUUCGACGUGGAGACACACCCGGACACCCAGUGUCCCUACGACACCCUCAAGGUCCGGCUCCCUGGGUCUAGACCUCCUCUGGCUCUGGCGGGUCCGGAGGUGACAGAGCCCCUUCUGCUUUCAGAUUCAAACAAAGAGGAAUAUGGCCCAUUUUGUGGGACAACAUUGCCCCCUAGGAUUGAAACUAAAAGCAAUGCCAUGACCAUCACCUUUGUCACUGAUCAGUCGGGGGACCACACAGGCUGGAAGAUCCACUACGCCAGCACAGCUCAGCCCUGCCCUGGUCCGGUGGCGCCACCUAAUGGCCACAUCGCGCCGGUGCAAGCCGAGUACAUCCUGAAGGAUCGCUUCGCCGUCUUUUGCGAGACCGGUUAUGAGCUUCUCCAAGGUGAUUUGCCCCUGAAAUCAUUUGCUGCCGUCUGUCAGAAAGAUGGAUCUUGGGACCAGCCGAUGCCCACGUGCAGCAUUGUUGACUGUGGCCCUCCUGAUGACCUACCCAGCGGCCAAGCGGAGUCCAUCACAGGCCCUGAAGUGACCACGUACAAAGCGGUGAUUCAGUACCGCUGUGAUGAGUUCUACACAAUGACACCUGAUGACGGUAAAUAUGUGUGUGAGGCUGAUGGAUUCUGGACGAGCUCCAAAGGAGAAACAUCACUCCCAGUCUGUGAGCCUGUUUGUGGAAUAUCAACUCGUACCAUAGGAGGUCGUAUAUACGGAGGGCAGAAGGCAAAGCUUGGUGAUUUCCCCUGGCAAGUCCUGUUACUAGGUCAAGCUACAGCAGCGGGCGCACUCCUGCAGGACGGCUGGAUCCUAACAGCCGCUCACGCUGUAUACACGCAGAAAGAAGCUGCCUCCUCCUUAGACAUCAGAAUGGGUACCGUGAAGAGACUGUCGGCUCAUUACACACAAGCCUGGGCCGAGGCCAUUUUUAUACAUGAAGGUUAUACUCAUGAUGCUGGUUUUGAUAACGACAUAGCACUGAUUAAAUUGAAGAACAGAGUUGUAAUCAAUAGUAACAUCCUGCCUAUCUGUUUGCCAGGAAAGGAAGCUGAAUCCUUCAUGAGGACAAAUGACAUUGGAACCGCAUCUGGAUGGGGAUUAACCCAGAGGGGUUUUCUUGCCAGAAAUCUAAUGUUUGUUGACAUACCAAUUGUCGACCAUCAGAAAUGUACUGCUGCGUAUGAGAAGCACUCCUAUCCAGGGGGGAGGGUAACGGAGAACAUGUUUUGUGCUGGCUUAGAAGGUGGGGGCAAGGACAGCUGUAGAGGGGACAGUGGGGGGGCGUUAGUGUUUCAAGAUAAUGAGACACAGAGAUGGUUUGUGGGAGGAGUGUCCUGGGGUUCCUUUAAUUGUGGGGAAGCAAAUCAGUAUGGAGUCUACACCAAAGUUAUUAACUAUAUUCCCUGGAUCAAGAACAUAAUUAACAAUUUUUAAUUUGUAGGUCUUCAAUGAUUCCUUAGUUUUAAAAAUUCCUGUAAAAGGUCUUAGCAGCCACGUGGCCUGAGAGACACGAACACAUCAGUUGUCGCUCUAACCCCCAAACCACCGCCACACCAUGGGUCAGACCCAUUCCGGGCGCUUCUCACUCGCCAGGUUUUUCGCCUCUUACUCUUCUGAUUCAAGGGGACACAGACAAUUAGGUGGGAUCACCUUUGCCAAUCCAACAGAAACUCGCUGGUUAAAUCUGCGUUUAAUUACUUACAAAGUCCAGUACAUUUUGUAAUGGUUAUCUAUAUUCCUACGAAUUGCCUGUUCAUGUUCUCGGAUGACUAUUCCACCAUGUGGGGGCUUGUUCUUACUAAUCUCUAACACAGCUUUAUAUAUUAUAGCAAUACUGGCUCAGGGAUAACACUGAAUCAUGAUUUUUUUGCAAAUAAACUGGACACAUCGAUAACUUUGGCUUAGGUGCUGGCUGACUCCCAUGUUUAAAAACCAAUACCACAGAUUGGUGAGAUCUAAUUUUUCACUUAUCAAAUUAGCAGACAAAAAGAACAUGGAAUAGCACUGUUUCACAUUGUCAAAGACAACACACAUUUUCUAAAGGACAAUCUGGCAAUGUAUUUGGAAAGCCUUGAGAGCAUGCAUAGUCUUUGACCUAGUAAUUCCAAUGUUAAGAAUUUAUUUUAGCUGUGAGGAUGUUCCUGGCACUUGAAAAUAGACUAAAUAAUGUCCACACACAGAAAAGCGCUGAAUCGAAUGUGCCAUUUCCUUAAGAAGAAAUAUAUUAGAAUUAAGUGGUGUUAUUAUAGAUAAAUCUAUAGUGUUUUCUUCCUUCUUACAACGAACAUGGAAAUACUUGGGCACACUUAACGAACAACGGAUCACAAAUCAUACAAUAGCUGAGUAUAGAACUCAUACACAAGUAAAAGCUACUCACCUAGUACUCAACAACAAAUUAUUCUAAUUAUCACAUACAUCUUCUUUCUCCUAAGGACACAAUUUAAGCCGACUUAACCUUAAAAAUCUCAUGUCAUUUUCGUUGGCUGUUCCUCCUUAAGAAGUUCUAAUAGGUUCACAUUUAACAAAGGGUUUCAUUCUAGCCAAAUCAUCAUCACUCAUGUAUAAAAAUUCAUUGUGAGUUUUGGCCCAAUUUCUCUUGUGCACGUUAAAGGGGAACUUCUUGAGACUCACUUUUUAAAGGUAUCUUUCCAUCACCUUUGUCACAUACAAAAAAGAAAUUGUAUUUUUCCAGUAAGACUCCAGACACUAAACUGUGGUGGCAACAAAUUUUUUAUUCAACUGGUUCAAAAAAGUUUUGAGAAUGAAUGCAUUGAGAUGACCAAAUAGACUUUUAAAAACAAAUCUCUGCGAAAUGGUUUACUUCUAGACUUCAUUUUCUUUUUUCUUUUUUUUU